AUGCGCGCAAAUGCCACGCUUACUCCCUGUCCAAACGGUAAUCAUCUGUGGUGUAUUGGGGGAGAGUUCUUUAGUGACGACGGAAAAGCGCACUUUUACAACGAUGUAUUUAGAUAUUCUCCUGAAAAGGACGAAUGGCGGAAAUUCGUGUCGCCAACAUGCCCCGGGCCGCGUUCAGCUCACGCUGUCGUAGGAUCCCCCGCUGGCGGCGGAAAGCUCUUCUUGUUUGGUGGUGAAUUCUCGUCGCUAUAUCAGAAUACAUUCCACCACUACCGCGACUUCUGGUGUUUUGACAUAACUACCCACACGUGGGAGCGCAUAGACACCAAAGUACGUCCCAGCGCGCGGUCCGGGCAUCGUAUGGCAAUGUGGAAGAACUACGUUGUACUGUUCGGCGGAUUCUACGAUCCAGGACUCAGAACAAAUUACUUGAAUGAUCUCUGGCUAUUUGAUGCGCAGGAGUACAAAUGGCGACAAGUGGAGUUCAGGGAUGCAGAACGGAAACCCUCCCCACGCAGUGGCUUCUCCUUUCUAUCCACUGCGGACGGAAUUCUCUUGCAUGGUGGCUACUGCAAAGAAUACUCCAAGGGAAAACGACCUAUUGGGGUUAUGUUGGACGAUACCUGGUUCUUGCGUAUGACACUAGCAACAGAGACAGAGGGGAAAGCUCCGGCAGAGCCACUGUCUAUGAAAUGGGAACGCCGGAAAAGACCAUCAGCCGCCUUUGCCCCGUCACUCCGUUCUGGAUGCACAAUGGCUCUCUGGUCCACCAAGAAUACAGGCAUAUUAUUCGGUGGUGUGACGGACGAGGAUACUAGCGAGGAAACACUAGAUAGUGUCUUCCACAAUGAUCUGUUUGGGUAUCAGAUAGCCGGGAACGGACGGUGGAUUUCAAUGAUGCUCAAAAAAACCAAAAAGAAGGGGGUCGGCGGUCCCAAGAAGCAAAAGCCUGCUGCUGUACCUGCCAGGCCCAUUGAGGAACGGUACGAACCAGCUGACUUUGAAUUCGAGGAGCAUAGUGAAGAAGAUGACAAGCGAAAAGCGUCGACCGAACAGGCAAAUGCUACAGUCGACAUCACUCCAGGUCCUGAGAUGGAUCCCGAUGAUCCUAAUCUCACGACACCCUUGCCUCGCUAUAACGCCAUGUUGGCUGUCCUGCGCAACACACUCUACAUUUAUGGAGGUAUCUUCGAGCGUGGGUCCCGAGAAUAUACCCUUGAUGACUUUUAUGCACUCCAAUUGGAUAAACUCGACUGUUACACAUGCCUAAAACCAAGUGGCAUUCUAAUCUCAGCGGAAGGCGACGACGAGAGCAGUGAUGAUGAUGAAGACGACGAAGACGAUGAAAACGACGAAGGCGAGGAUGAUGAGGAAGAUGAGGCUGAAGCGGAGACAGAAGAACAACGUAAAGGGACUGAGACACUGCAGAGUCCCGAAGGCGACAGGAUCACUGUCAUUGAGGAAGCAGAAGCUCUAGAGAUCGGUGCAGCAGAGAAGGACGCGCUUCGUUCACAAGCCACGGCAUUCAUGGGCGUAGCAAAAGAUACGAAGCGGUCUGCGGAGGAUAUCAUCAGCACCCCACUUCCAGGAGAAAUACUAGCAAUGUUCUAUGCCCGUUCACGAGAGUACUGGGCACAGAAGGCGCACGAGUCCAGUGACAAUCGGGGUAAGAUGCUUCGUAGAGAUGGAUUUGUGCUGGCCGGGGAGCGGUAUGCGGUGUACAAGCCAGUACUUACUGAGGUCGAAAAGAUCCUGGCCGAAGCUGGACUCGACGAGGAAGAAAUGAAGAGAGGAGCCGCUGCUGGUCCAUCUGGACCUAGCGAACAGAGUCGAAACCGUCGUUAA